ACUGAAGAAAAAACGCGCUAGUGGUUCAGAUUAACCGCGAAAGGAAACUUCUUGUAGUGGAAUGAAGAGUGGGGAAUCAACAGAAAGUGAAAGCCCACGUACCCACGGAGCUAAUCCACCAUUUUUGUUCCCAAUUCAAUCGAAAUGUAACUCACAACCCCAACCCUCCAUUUGUAGAUUCAACCAAUGUCUGAAUUCCCAAUUCGAGUUCUAUUUUCUAAUUGGGUCCAUCUUGCGAGGGCGUACAAAAUCGGAAUGUAGAGGAUUCCUGAUCACUAUGGCAGUUGAUCUCUCUUCCAUUUCACUUCAUAAAGACCCUUCACCAAACUUCACCAUCCCAACUCACCCACAUUCAAUUUUCGAUUCUCAGGGGGAGGCUGAGGUCAGAGAGACAAAGUAUGGCCAGGCAGGAUAUCGAGAGCAGAGAAGUAAAGAACAGAGGAAAUAGUAGCAUUUCUUCUUCCACUUAUGUGAUUGAAGAUACUGAAACCCAAUGGACUUCCUGGCUUGUUCCUAUGUUUGUAGUGGCUAAUAUUGCUGUGUUCAUUGUGGUUAUGUAUAUUAACAAUUGUCCCAAGCAUAAUGAUGGUCUUGAAGGGAAGUGUGUGGCAAGGUUUCUGGAGAGGUUCUCAUUUCAGCCUUUGAGGGAAAAUCCUCUCUUUGGCCCUUCUGCUGCUACAUUGGAGAAGAUGGGAGCUCUAGAGUCAACUAAAGUUGUGAAUAAACAUCAAGCAUGGAGGUUGAUUACAUGCAUCUGGUUACAUGCUGGUGUCUUUCAUCUGCUUGCUAACAUGUUAUGCCUGGUUUUUAUUGGCAUUCGCCUUGAGCAGCAAUUUGGGUUUGUGCGAAUCGGAGUUAUUUACUUGGUUUCAGGAUUUGGAGGGAGUGUACUGUCUUCUUUAUUCAUUCAGAACAACAUCUCUGUGGGUGCUUCUGGUUCUCUUUUUGGUCUUCUUGGAGCUAUGCUUUCAGAACUUUUCACAAACUGGACUAUCUACACCAACAAGGCCAUGGCAUUAGCCACACUUCUGGUUAUUAUUGUUAUUAAUUUCGGGAUUGGAAUUCUGCCACAUGUUAAUAACUUUGCUCACAUUGGUGGAUUUCUUACUGGAUUUCUACUUGGAUUUGUAUUGCUUCCCCGCCCCAAGUAUGGAUGGUUAGAGCAACGGAAUCUUCCUGGUGGUAGCAUUGGUCUGAGUUCCAAAUACAAGACAUACCAAUAUGUUCUAUGGAUCGUUUCGGUAGUUCUACUGAUUGCUGGGUUCACCAUUGCUCUUGUGAUGCUGUUCCGUGGGGUAAAUGCAAAUGAUCGUUGCCAUUGGUGCCAUUAUUUGAACUGUGUUUCCACUUCAAGAUGGAAAUGUGAUUAGAAACAUCUUUAGAGAGAUUUUUCAUCAUUUGGACCAUUCAUUUCUCCUGUAAAUGUGCAGUUCAGUAGAAAUAUGGUUAACAUUCAGAAUUUCUAGUUGCUUAGCUGAAUAACGAUAAUGGUGCUAUAUUGAAGACAUGUUAUUGUUUA